UACCCCUCGUUCCACGUUGCAUCCCAGAUGGACACAUUCUCCCACUCGAAAAUUGAGAAUGGAGCAGCUUGAAGAGAGAGAUCAUCUUUAAUCUGGGCAACUUUACCAAUUCCCCGACGUAAAGGAUACCUACUCAGUCACCAAGCUUGCGGGACCUUUGUCGUCGCUAUAACCAGGAGGGAAAAGAGAAACACGCAUCUUGAAUUGCGCACUGGGUUGUGAGGUGAAACCUAAUCAGAUCCAGCAGGCUCGAUGACUAAGAAGUAACGGGGACUUUCAAGAAAAAAGUUGCAUUUGGAAACAUUUGAAUAACCUCACCUCUGCUCUACAGUCCAGUGAAGGGCUUUUCAGAAUGUCUGUGCCAGGAAAUUGAGCACACGCCGCUCUCUUUGCACGUUGUGGAGAGACUACUUUUUUAAAACAUUUGAUUUAUACCGGAGAGAAAAAGAAAACAGUGGUCCAGCUCAUCAUUUACAGAAAACCCGGAACCACAGUUGUGAAUCCAUCCCUCCCGAUUGUGAGAGUUUCAACACUGGCACUUGUGGGUGCCUGCGUGUUCUGUGCGUCCUAAGGGGGGGAAAGGGAAGGAGAUAUCGGAUGCUUAUUAUCACCACAGUGAGAGUUAAUCGCAUGACAUCCGGACUGAUGUGUGGAUUACAUACAACGUCGCUUUGAGAGAGGGGGGCGCGAUGCCUCUGACAAGAAAGUGUCACCGAGGAUUCUGCACAAUCGCCUGAGAAUUGCGGAUGUUUUGUCGAUGCAGUUUUUUGGGGAGGGAGCAGAAGAGGGACCACUCCUGCAGACUUCGGCGUCUCCGUGAACAAGGCCUGAGUUACAGUGGAUUGGUUGUUAACAUGAGGAUGAUCAGAACCCCUUGGAACUGUGAUUGAAUUGGCAGUGGGCCCAAAUCCUCUUUCCAAAAAGUGGAAGACCAGUCAACGAAUUAUGAAUGUUAAACAAGAUGACCUCCAAUCAGCAGCAGCAGAUGAUGCGAGGUCCUAGGUGGAAUCGGGCCUUGUCCGACCCUUUGCUUGUGCUGCUUCUGGCCCUCCAGCUGCUAGUGGUGGCAGGGCUGGUACGUGCUCAGACGUGCCCCUCUGUCUGCUCCUGUAGUAACCAGUUCAGCAAAGUCAUCUGCACCCGCCGAGGCCUGCGGGAUGUCCCUGAUGGCAUCUCGACAAACACACGCUACCUGAAUCUGCAAGAAAAUCUCAUUCAGGUCAUAAAGGUGGACAGCUUCAAGCAUCUACGACAUCUGGAGAUCCUGCAGCUGAGCAAAAACCACAUACGCAAAAUUGAGCUGGGUGCCUUCAAUGGACUGGCCAGCCUCAAUACCUUGGAGCUUUUUGAUAACCGCCUCACCACAAUCCCAAACGGGGCAUUUGAGUACCUGUCCAAACUAAAGGAGCUUUGGCUGAGGAAUAACCCCGUAGAGAGCAUUCCCUCCUAUGCUUUCAACAGAGUGCCCUCAUUACGGCGGUUGGACCUCGGGGAGCUCAAGCGGCUCUCCUACAUUUCUGAGGGGGCCUUUGAAGGGCUGAGCAAUCUACGGUACUUAAAUCUGGGAAUGUGCAAUCUGAAGGAAAUUCCCAACCUUAUUCCCCUGGUGAAGCUGGAUGAACUGGAGAUGUCGGGGAACCAGCUAUCUGUCAUCCGGCCUGGCUCUUUUAAAGGGCUCAUCCAUUUGCAAAAGCUAUGGAUGAUGCAUGCCCAGAUCCAGACCAUAGAAAGGAACUCUUUUGACGACCUACAGUCACUAGUGGAGCUCAAUCUAGCCCACAACAACCUUACCCUCUUGCCCCAUGAUCUCUUUACUCCUUUACAUCACCUGGAGAGAGUGCACUUGCACCACAACCCCUGGAAUUGUAACUGUGACAUCCUCUGGCUUAGCUGGUGGCUCAAAGAGAUGGUACCAGCAAACACGAGCUGCUGUGCCCGCUGCAGCUCACCUACCCACCACAAGGGACGAUAUAUUGGCGAGCUGGACCAGAAUUACUUUCACUGUUAUGCUCCUGUUAUUGUGGAGCCUCCCACAGACCUAAAUGUGACAGAAGGUAGCGCUGCAGAGUUGAAAUGCAGGGCCAGCUCUCUGACCUCUGUAAGCUGGAUUACACCCAACGGUUCCAUCAUGACACACGGAGCGUACAAGAUCAGAAUCUCUGUGCUGAAUGACGGCACGCUGAACUUUACGAAUGUUACCAUGCAGGACACAGGCACAUAUACGUGUAUGGUCAGUAAUUCUGCAGGUAACACGACAGCAUCUGCCACACUCAAUGUGUCCUCUACAGAGAACAGCAGCUUCAGCUACUUCACCACAGUAACAGUGGAGACCAUAGAAACGCCACAUAAUGAAGGCUUCACCACCAGUGUGCAACAGAAGGUGGGCCCCACCCCCUCCGCUGGAGCAUGGGAGUCUGUUUCAGCCACUUCAACAACCACCACCACAAUUCGGACGACGCUCUUCACUCGCGCCACGGAGAAGACUUACACGAUCCCUGUCACAGAGCUGGGUGGGGAGGGCUCACUCAAUGGCUUGGAUGAGGUGAUGAAGACGACCAAGAUCAUCAUCGGCUGCUUCGUUGCGAUCACGCUGAUGGCAGCCGUCAUGUUGAUUAUCUUCUACAAGAUGCGCAAACAGCACCACCAGCAGAACCACCACGCACCCACACGCACUAUUGAGAUCAUUAAUGUGGACGAGGACUGUGUAACAGGGGGCCCGGGUAUGGAGGGCCACCUGACUCUGCCUCCUCUUGAGCAUGAGCACCUCAACCACUAUAACACCUACAAGAGUGCAUACAACCAUGCCACCAUCAACUCCAUACACAGCUCAGCGCACGAACCUUUGUUAAUCCGGGCCAGCUCAAAAGACAAUGUACAAGAGACCCAAAUCUAACGCAUUUUUUUUUUUCAAAAUGAGACAUUAUAAAACUGAUGGAAUUACAUAAAACAUGACUGACAGGACAGUACUGAUGACUGGAUGUGAGGCUUACGGCUCAAACAUGGAGAAACAGACUCCCGUUUGUCAAAUCAGUGGCUGGUGGUGUUUGUUCAAUGACUCUUGGGAUUAGGGUAUGUCUACUGUUUCAAAAAGUGUCUUUACAAAACAGAAGUUAUUUAUUUAAGAAAAAAAAUAUUGUGGUUAAAUCAAGAAAAACUGUAUUCUGCAAUUAUUUUUUCAGCACUUAUUCAUGUCCUUCUUUUCUCCCUCUCAUUUAUGGAUUUGGUUUACUAAUAUGCUUUGAAAUGCUUUUGAGGCACCUGUCAAAGAAAACGUAGAAGCAAAUUAUUUUUUCUUUCCUUUUUUUGUAAACUGCAGACUUCAGGAUCUGAUAAGAUAGAAACCUAAUUUUCCCAUGUGUGAAAGGAAUCUAGAGCACAUUAGUGAUUUUCUCCAGCUGUGGAUUAAGUGAUGAAAUCUUUGUGACCAUCUGUAACUGGGAUGAUUUAAAAUCUUGUUCAUUAUUUUACAGUGAUUGACAGAACUGUCAGUGACAAAAUUUGGUCAUAAUUCACGACUUAAUUAUAUCUCUUACAUACAUAUUAGGCACUCUGCAAUGUCAUCAGUAGACUGAAGAUCCUUAAUGAGUGCAAUAUGUCCUGCCUUCUGCUACUGUACAAGUCAAGGCUCACUAUUAAAAGCAUAUUUUAGUUCAAUUAAAUUCUAUACACAAACUAUGGAAGAAACAUUUGUCUUUGUUUGCCUAAUGGAUAUGCAAAAUACAAUGUCAUCAUUGAUUUCCACUUGUUUUGAUUCAGAUCCCAAGCAUCUCAAAAGACAUGAUUACGAAAAGGAAAAAGUUGUUUAUUGUAUUAAGACCAAUUCUGAUCUCAGAGGGUCAUGAUGAAGGAGCAGCACUAAUGGGUACUUUAGCAUUAAGAUGCUUGUAAUCAAAAAUAUAGAUAAAGAUGUAAAAUUCAAAAGUGAUGGAAAAUGUAGCUGAUCUUAUCUUCUGGUAAAGGUUCACUGCCUCCAAAUAUUACAAGUGUAUAAUGGCCUCACCUUUCACUUAGUUUGCUUUGUACCUGCUGCAUGUGAAGAUGCUUUGAAGCCACUUUUUCAUGGUGGGGACCCCUUACCUCAUCUGCAGCACUGCAGGACAGAGUGCUGUCAGAAGCAGACUGGUGAGCUGAAGAAGGAGCGUAAACCCUGUAUACAGCUGUCUGAGCACAUUGCCUGUCAUCUGUAUGUCACAUUUCCACAUCGGCAGUGCUUGGCAGUCCCAGAUUCACACCCUGCCCCUGCCAACCACAGGACUUGGCCCCGAGAGGGAGGGCUUAUGCAGCAAGAAGCUUUGGGGGUGAAUGUGUGGGAUCGGGCAUCAACCAGAUGUUUGGGUUGCUUCCCCCCCCCCUCCGUUAGCGACAACACAAUUUCCAUUUUAAUUGAUGUGCCCAUGGGUUUUGGAUGGACACAGCUCCGCAGGCGCCCAUACCUUGGAAACCAUUUCAAAGUCCCCACCAUUAGAAUGGUGCCAGGCAGCAGAAAUGCAGAGGUUAUGCAGACAUUUGUCAGAUCCUCCAGGUUUAUUUUUAGCAGAUAAGUGCAGCUUUGGUCCUCUGACAGUAAAAUAAGACAAAAAGCUUGUUAUUGUCAUGUUUCAUUCAGAUUUGUCUUUUACAUUAUAUUGUAGGUUUAUGUUACAGUAAGGAAGUAUACAGAGGAGAAUACCUCUUAAAAAAUACUGUUUGAGAUAGUGACAUGUAUUUUUUUGUGGAAUCGUGAUGCAAAGCACUAUCCUGAAAAAUUGGAGGUGGUACUGCACCCAAAAACUAGAGGAAGUUGUGGGUUUUGAAUGUUCUUACAUCCUGGGUUUGAAAGGUUUCUACAGUGGUAACAACGACCAUGAAAUCUGCAACUAAUUGUGCUGCAUAAUCAAUAUCUCAUUUGUUUGCUGAAGACUGGGCAAGUUAGCACUGGUGAAAACAGCAAAGGUUGACAAAGAUGAGUUCACAGUCACACAGUGGAAAAUAAAUACAAAUUAACCAAACAAUGUCAUUUGAUGGACUUAAAUUUACAUGAAGUGAGUGCAUCCUACUCAAAAAACCUAAAAGACAAAGAUGCUGCUUCCUAUGUUAAAAUAUUUCAAAU